AUGGUCGGCGUGGGAGGCCGAAGCAAAGGGUGCAAGACUUGUCGCAGGCGCAGAGUAAAAUGCGAUGAAGUCAAGCCACACUGUGAACGUUGUCGCAAAGCCAAACUUCAGUGCGAAGGUUACAAUCAAUAUGCCGAGUUUAUCGAUGUAACUACGCGGUUGACUGGCAAGUCUCUUCCCAAUGACAAAAAAUCGGCCGCAGUUAGCCCAGCUGGGAGUACAUGGCCAGGAGACUCCGUCAUCGAAUUGCCCUGUAUGCCAUUGAUUCGCAAUCCGGCAUUCGACGAGCAGAUCAUCUUCACCUCACAUCUCAUAAACAGGCUUUUCUCUUGGCACCAAGAGUCAACUUCGCCGGAAUCAGCAGCUUGGAUCCUCUCGCUUACCCGUCAUACCGAGGACGAGGGAGACCUGUCUACAUCUUCACUUCGUGCGCUGGCCACGGCGUAUUUUGGUAAAACACACGGUCACUCAGAGCUCGUGCGAAAGGGUGCAGGUUUCUAUUCUCGGGCACUUACUUCUUUGCGUAGACAGUUGCAAGACCCCAAUCUGGUCUUGGAGGAUGAGGUGCUCGUCGCCAUUAUCUGCAUGGGCAUAUACGAACUUGUCACCUUUAAUCAGCCAAACGGAUGGCUUCAUCAUUGGAAGGGUCUUGCUCGAUUGACUGCGUUGAGAGGGCCACAUCGUUUCCAAUCUGGUAUCGCGCACGCGCUUUUCCCUUCCCUCCGAUCUUGCAUUGCCCUCGGAUACAUCGUCGAACGCAAGCGCUGCUUCCUCGAAGACCCAGAAUGGAAAACAAUACCCUGGGCAAUAAAUGGCCUCGACUCGAAAAUGCCCGUCAGCCAUCUACACGACCACCUCAGCGACCUACCUGGCUUUCUCGAAGAUAUGGAUCGUGUCAUCCAGUGGCCUCCAGGCAAGCCAGGACUGGACGAAUUCAAAGCAGCCUGCAGCAGGCGAAUCUUUGCGACUCUCCAGGCUGUCUAUGCUUGGCGCUGGAAAUGGGAACAGAAGUUUCCCAACUCGACAUACUUGAUCGCGUCCGACAAUGUCGAUCGAGAAGCUGUUCUAGGGUUACCACCCGCCCCAUUUAAGUCCAUUAUCUGGUUUGCCAGUGCUAAUCGUGCCACCGAGUUGAUUCUUUACAACAGCAUCCGGCUGGUUGCGACACGAGCGCUCGAGAUUUCGGGGAUACAUAUGGAUGUUCCUUUGUCGGGGACGAACCCAACUGAUCCACUUUUGCCGAUGCAGGGAUGUAGGCGCGAUGUGGCUGUUGAGAUAUGCCGGAUGGUGAACUAUCAUCUACACAAUUUAAGGCGGAGCUCGGGGGCCCUCAUGGUCCUCUUCCCGGUCAAUGUGGCGUACAUUAAUCUUGAAGAUGAUCGUGAAGGAGCCAGACCUUGGCUGGAACGUGUUAUGGCUGUUGUUGCGGAUAUACAUGGCUUUGAAAUAGGGCGGAAGGAGAAUUUACCGCGGAAGACUCUAAUGGUAAGAGAUCUCUUGAAGCACAAGUCAUAA